AUGCGGGAGAAGACGAUCCCCGCGGGGCUGACGCUGCUGCGCCAGGGCGCCGACGGCGACUGCCUCUUCGUCGUGGAGAGCGGCUCCCUCGACUGCUUCCGCGCGCCGGGAUCGGGAUCGGGAUCGGGAUCGGGAUCGGGAUCGGGAUCGGGAUCGGAGGCGGGCGGGCACGGGCAGCGGGUGAAGGUUGUGGGGCCGGGAGACGUGAUCGGGGAGCUGGCGCUGCUGUACAACGCGCCGCGAGCGGCCACCGUCGUGAGCCGGGAAGUUUGCAAACUCUGGAGGCUGGACAGAGACUCUUUCAACUUCAUCGUGACGCUGCUGCAGUCGAUGAGCACUUACGACCGGCUGAAGCUGGCGGACGCGCUGCGGACGGAAACUUACGCGGACGGAGAGUUUAUAGUUCGCCAGGGAGAAGAAGGAAAUACUUUUUAUUUAGUUGAAGACGGAAAAGCCAAAGUCUUCCAAACCCCCGAGGCCGGCGGGGCCCGCGUGCACAUCGGCAGCUACGAGAGCGGGGACUACUUCGGAGAACUGGCGCUGCUCACUGGAGAGGCGCGAGCAGCAGAUGUUGUCAGCGAUGGAUUUUGUAGAGUGGCAGCUUUGGAAAGAAAAAGUUUCAAAAGACUUUUGGGAUCUGUUGAGGAGAUUUUGAGAAAAAGAGCUCUCGAUUACAAGAGAAAAUAA